CGCCACGUCACUUACUUCCGGUUUAUUUUUUUCCACAACAUUGUUUUUGGAUUUAUUUCUCAGCUAUGCUUUAAAUGAUUUACUGAAGCCAGUAGACCUGCUUUUCACCAUGUUGGAAGAGAUUGUGUAGAAUGCACAGAAUAAAUGAACUAAGAAAUGUCGGGAACAAGUAAAAAACAGAACUUAGUUCAGAAACUUUCAACACAGACGAAAGAUGGGUUGAAGAUAGAGAACCAAAGAUUAUGUAAGAUACUAAAUGACCUGAAGAAGAAGUACAAACUGACCUUUGAGGUCAUACAGAAACUAGAUCAGGAGUACGAACAAUCUAAAGACAGCAUGGUACUGAGAUACCCUCAGUUGAAAGAUAUGAUAAGAAGAGCAACAACUGACCAAGUUCUACAGCAGGCUGAGAUGCCGAAAAUCCCUAAACAUAAAGGGGUUAAAGAUCUGUUCCAUAGUACAGAAGGUACAACACAGGUUCAACAGCCUGUCCAAUCAAGGUCUUCUAGUUUCUUACAGACCUGUAAACAGUUUGCUGGCAAAUCUGACGAUUCUUCUUAUGAAAUGAAAACAGUUACCAGAAAUCUUUCUGACAUGCAUAAGAAAGAGAUAGAAGAUGAUAACAAAAACAAGGAACACAUGAUCAGCGUGUACGAGAAUAAAUUCUUAAGAGCUCACAACAGACUAACCAAACUGAAGCAGGAGUUUAUUGCAUCUAAAGAAGAUCUUCUCCCUGUUAGGUACAACAAGUUGAAAGAAAUGAUAAAAACAGUAACUAAAGAUGAAAAAUUAAAACCUGAGUAAAGAAAGGAUGUCAUGUUUGAUAUUAGUACUUUACUUCUCAGGUUUAUGUUGUAAUUUUCUUUUUGGAGUGGAAAAAAGGGGGAUUGUAAAGAAAUAUGGUAAUUUCUUUUUCAUUGAUGUGCAAUUCAGUUCUAGUUAUCAUGAAAUAUGUCUAUUUAGCAUGUUUAGAUAAAAAAAAUAAUUCAAUAUUUGUAUGUUAACUUUUAAUUGAACUUUUUUUCUACAUACAUGACAUAGUUCGAUAAUUAAACAAAUUAUAUAAGAAACAAACUAUUUUUUAGCUUUAAGCAUUAGUCAUUGAUAUUGUCUAAAGCCAAUUUUGAAAAUAUAUUAUUUUAUACAUUUUCAUACAGUCUGGGAUUGAAUUUUUGUACAUAAUAAAAUUUGCAAACCUUCAUGGAUUGUUAUGAAACUUGGACAGGCACUAAUCGUCUAGACCAAGAAAUAGCAUCUAAAAAAAAAGAUUUGAUUUUCUUUUUCUUCAAUUUUAUAUGUUUUACUGCUAAACGUACUCAUUUUUUAGGUCAACAGUAUACUUUUACACAACUGACAGCAGAAUUAACUGCGAGAGACAGGGUGCUGCUAAACCCUCAUGAAUUUCUGCAUUGAUUUGAUUCAGAAUCUUCCUAGUGCUUAGAACAUAUGUUCAUUAACUUUAACAUUUAUUUUGUUACUGAUAUGACAACUUCUAUUAUGUUUGUUUUUUGCAUUUUCUUUUUUUUAUAUGUAAAACUUGGACAGGCACUAAUCUUCUAGACCAAGAAAUAGCAUCUAAAAAAAAAGAUUUGAUUUUUCUUUUUCUUCAAUUUUAUGUUUUACUGCUAAAUGUACUCUCUUUUGAGGUCAACAGUAAACUUUUACACAGCUGACAGCAGUAAAUACUGUGAGAGACAGGGUGCCGCUAAACCCUCAUGAAUUUAUGCAUUGAAUUGAUUCAGAAUCUUCCUAGUGCUUAGAACAUAUGUUCAUGUCUUUACAUUGGUGCUUUAACUUUAACAUUUAUUUUGUUACUGAUAUGACAACUUCUAUUAUGUAUGUUUUUUGCAUUUUCUAUUUUUGUAAUGUAAAUAUUGAUUGGGAAUUUUUAAUGUUAUGUUGUGAUAUGUUACGU